GUCUCGUUAUUUCUGUUUGGCUCGCCAGGACCGAAAUGAACAUCUUCAAGAAAUCCCGCUCCCGCUCGCCGUCCUUCGAGAUCCCCCGACUGUGCUUGCCGCGACAAAAGAGAUCCACCUCCGUGGACUCCUCCUCUGUGGUGGCGGCGGCCUCCUCCUCUUCCUCCAACAGCCUGGACGUCCCCUUCGAGAACCGGACCCGCUCUUCGAGCUUUGAUGCCAGCAGCCUUCAUGGCGUCAACAUCGACUUGCUGCAGGUGCCCAUUUCCAAGAGUAGCGGGGGCCACCGCUCUCACUCCUUCGACUCUGCGGCGCCAUGGAGUCCCGUGUCGUCCGAUGACAACAUCUCGGACAAGGAGACAUCGUACAGCCUUCAGAUCCCCAAGUACCAGAAGCGGCGCUCCUCGCUCGAGAUCCCCAAGCUCUGCAUGCACUGCGUGCACCUUGAGGCCCUACAGAAGGAGCAGGAGAAGAAGGAACGCAAUUCGUCCCCCAGCGCGGUCUUCUACCUGGGCGAGGCUGGCCGCAACGAGGGUAACAGCGCUGCUUCUUCUCCUUCGACCAGCCCCUCGGGUUCGGAUUGGGAGUCGGAUGGGUCGUAUCUGAGUGACUCGGAAGGGAGCGAGAGCGCUGCCGACGGCAGUGUCGGGGAUGUCAGUGCGGUCGUCAUCCAUCGUCUGGAACCGGCAUCGCCGCAGCAGCAGGGUAGUGAUGCUAGCAGCCAGACGGGGUCAUACACGGACGUGGUGACCCUAGCCGUGCCUACCAUUAAGCAGCGUUCUUCCUCCAUGGACGCGGGUUACAUCACGCGGCCUCCGGAAAGCCCCCGCAAGGCCUCCCUGGACGAGCGCACCCUGCACGCCGUGCAGCAACAGAUCCGAUCCAACUCCGUGGGCGCCUGCCCUACCGCCGGACGCAAAGAGGUGUCGCAGCUCAGCCUUCUGGCCAAUAUCUCGUUGAGUGUCAGGAAAGCGAUAGCCAAGAGCAACUUCAGUCACACAACCUACCUCCACCCGCAGCAUGCCGAGUACCCGGGGUACAAGAAGCCAGACGUCAAAUCACUUAUUGACUGGACGGACCAGGCCGCCAACAGCGACCACCUGUGGGUGGAGACCAAUGCCUCCGGGGACUACUGCUAUGCAAUGGAUCUCGACUGUAAGAAAACAGGUCCGCGGAAGAAAUGCAUCGCCUGCAAAAUUGUUGCCCACACUGCCUGCUUGCCCCUCCUAGAACAGAAAAAUCUGCGGUGUAAACCAACAUUUCGAGAAGCGGGUAUCAGGAACUACAGAGAGCAAACCUUUAUGCGCCAUCAUUGGGUCCAUCGCCGGCGGCAGGAAGGAAAGUGCAAGCAGUGCGGAAAGUCCUUUCAACAGAGGUUUGCAUUUCCUAGCAAGGAUAUCAUUGCAAUCAGCUGUUCAUGGUGCAAGACAGCCUACCACAACAAAACCACCUGCUUCAUGAUGCAGCAGAUUGAGGAACAGUGCACCUUGGGUAUACAUGCCAGUAUCAUCAUUCCCCCAUCAUGGAUAAUAAAACUACCCAAAAAGGGUUCAUUCAAAUCCUCCAUGCGAUCCAGCAAGAAACGGAAAGCUUCAUUAAGGAAGCGGAAAAGCAAAGAUGACUAUCGACCAUUCAUCAUCAAACCCAUUCCAUCACCCCUUAUUAAGCCUGUUCUUGUCUUCAUCAACCCAAAGAGUGGUGGCAACCAAGGAGCAAAACUGUACCACAAGUUCUGCUGGUUACUGAACCCUAGGCAGGUGUUUGACCUGUCGCAAGGUGGACCUCGUUUUGGGUUAGAUCUGUUCAAGAAAGUGCCUAACAUUCGAAUACUUGCUGCUGGUGGAGAUGGAACCGUUGGUUGGAUCCUUUCAACCAUCGACAGUCUGGCACUCAAUCCACCUCCACCUGUGGGAAUCUUACCCAUUGGGACAGGCAAUGAUCUCGCCAGAACCUUGAACUGGGGAGGGGGGUACACAGAUGAACCUAUCUCCAAAAUCUUAUGCAAUGUAGAGGAAGGUCAAGUGGUGCAACUAGACAGGUGGAACAUCGACGUGGAGGAGAACGAUGAGGAAGGAGUUGAAUGUGCAGAGGAAGGCAUGGCGUCGGAUCUGCCUCUUAGUGUCUUCAACAACUACUUCAGCUUAGGAGCCGACGCUCACGUGGCUCUUGAGUUUCAUGAAUCUCGAGAGGCCAAUCCAGAGAAGUUCAACAGUCGGUUCAGAAAUAAAAUGUUUUAUGCUGGGGCGGGUGGGAGAGAUCUUUUAAAAAGGAGUUGGAAGGGAUUUGCUGACCACAUCCAUGUAGAGUGUGAUGGUGUGGACCUGACCCAGAAGAUUCAGGACAUGAAAUUGCACUGUCUGGUCAUCUUAAACAUUCCAAGGUAUGCAAGUGGUACCUUACCAUGGGGUAACCCUAAUGCUGUGGGAUUUGAACCCCAACUACAUGAUGAUGGGUACUUGGAGGUGCUUGGCUUCACAUAUUCCUCACUGGCUACUCUUCAUGUUGGAGGUCACGGAGAACGAUUAACUCAGUGUCGGGAAGUUCGGGUCAAGACCUUCAAGUCUAUGCCCAUGCAGGUUGAUGGUGAGCCAUGCCGUCUGCGUCCCUCAAAAAUCAACAUCAACUUCCGCAACCAGGCCAACAUGAUCGUCAAACCAAAACGACGGGGCUCCAUGCCCAUUGCAAAUGAUCCUGAUUUUGCUUUUUUCAGUCCACCUUCCCUCCCAGAGCGGCUUCGCAUUCAAGUCAGCCGUAUCAGCAUGGCCGACUACGAAGCCUUACAAUAUGAUAAAGAAAAGUUACGGGCAGCUUCGGUCCCCUUGGGCAUCAUCGUAGUGGAGAACAAUGCUGACCUGGAGCAGGUGCGCUACCAGAUCAACAAAUUACAGGUGGUGGAUUACCAAGGGACAGAUGCUCAAGGAGGCAGCAGCGUGCCAUCACAGCAGCUGUCACAGAAAUGGUGCUUCCUGGAUUCCACCACAGCAGAGAAGUUCUUCCGCAUCGACAGAUCCCAGGAGUCAUUACAUUUUAUCACAGACAUUUCUUCCGAAGACCUGUACAUUAUGGACCCUGAACUGAGUCCACGAGUGCGUCUUUCUCCAGGUCUUUCAGGCGCUGGCGCCCCCAAUGGCCAUGGAGAGACAACCCCAACGGGCAUUUCAGUUCGCUCCUGUAUGUCGGCUUCCUCCUCAGCUAUGUCAUUUGCCUUUCCAGUCACCCCACCCAAGUCACCCAUGCUUCGGUCACCAGAGUUUCCUACCUUGCCUCUGCUGGUGGAGAACAUGGAGAACUUCCUACUAGUGCCUCCGCCCCCUGGCCCCAACAGCAGCUCAGAACCAGGGACACCUAACUCUACCACAGGACACGAUAAGCACUAUAACUUCAACCUUGUCUCCCAUGCGACUACUGAAGCUGUGCCACGCAUAACCUCACCAUUAGAGAAAGCAUUACUUGAUGCUUCUAAAAGAGGGGAACUGCAAAAGCUGUGUGAAGCUUACCACAAAGGUGCUGACCUGUUGGUGACAGACCAGUAUGGUAUGACUGCUCUACAUCACGCUGCACGCUUUGGUCACAAAAAUACUGUCAAGUUUCUGAUAGAUAACGCUCCACCAGUGAUACUGGACAUGGUGGAACAUGAAAAAGGUCAAACAGCUCUCCACAAGGCAGCCUGGUACCAGCGACGUGCUAUCUGCCACAUGCUGGUGGCUGCUGGUGCCUCCCUGACCCGCCUUGACUUUCAGGGUAAUUCCCCGCGGCAGCAGGCCAUGAAGGCCGAUGACAAGGAGCUAGCAGCAUACCUGGAAAAUCAAGAACAUUUCCAGCGAGUGGUGUCAGAGGACCAGGAGACCGCUGUAUGAUGUAUGCAUUUGGCCUCUCAGCUCCCGCCACCAAGUCCAAAGUCUGUGCAGCAAUGUGUGCAGGAAUCAAGUGCCCUACCCUCAUUCCUUCCUCAGCACAGCCACCUCACCAUCCCUCAAUCACUUUGUCACAAGACCUGCUUCAUUUACCUGGUUCCAGCCAGACUGUCAGUGCUAUGCAAAUGUCUGUUCCCCAAACCCUGGUUUCCAGGAUUUUUUUUUUUUUUUUGGUUGUUGAGUCUAUUAACAGAAUCACUUGCAGCACCUGUAUGUAUGGACCUCACCAGGCCGGCUCCUUAUCACUAUCAGUGUCUACAUGUCACACCUGCAUGUUUUUCUGCCAACCCAACAUAUGGACGUUGGUUUCAGCGGCAGGGGGAAAAAAAACCUGCCCAUUCUCUCCAGCAUCUUGCCCCAUGGAAUGUUUACCGCCCAGUUCACAAACACCAGCAUACUGCAGCAACACCACUCACCUGCUGUGAUGAUGGUUUUUUUUUUUCCUUGUGCAAGGAAUUUAGAAAGCUUCUGGGCAAUGUGCACCUAAUAAUGCAGCAUACUUUUCUUCUCUCUCUCUUGCUGUCACACUCUUACACACGCACACACAGCCAGCUACAUUCUCUUUCUUGCCUUACCUGUCUCCCCUAAUUCAUUUUAGGCUACUUUCUGUUAUUCAAUGACUUCAUCGUGAAAAAAGAUAGUCUCCGUAGUGCAGACCACCCUGAAAUCAAGGGGCUGUCUCCUUCUGACUUUUUUUUUUGCACCAUUUUCUGUUUGAUGGAACAAGGUAACGUUAGCCCCAUACCCUUCAUAUGCAAUAUAAAGUCAUCACAGGUGUAGCUGAAAAGAAAAUUUUAGCUUGUCUGAAGAACGUGGUCAGUAAUGUCAGAAAUAGUGUCACACCUACUGACAGUGCAAGAAUUUUUUUGAGGCUGCCAUUUAUCUUCUUUUUUUGUUUCUUUUCUUUUUUCUUUUUUUUUUUUUUUUUUUUGACAUGUACACCUUCAGUGUUUUAUCAAGGUUUUACAUUCACACUUUCUGGGAUGUGGGAUUUCUUGUUUGUGUGAGUGUCUGGGGUGGUGCGAUGUUAUGUCACUUUUUCACGUUAACAUUGAUGUAUCUGGAAAAGCAGAUGCAUACAAAAUGGGGUGGAGUUGUUCUUUUUGUGCUUGUGCACAACUGAGGCCUGCAUAGGCUUUUUUUUGACAAAAGGAGGGGAAGAGUAUCACAAAGGCCUCAGGGACUUGGACCCAGAAACUCUGUGUUAAAGCUGAACCUGGCGUGGAGCAAGCGGCUAGGAGAUGGGUUUCUUUACGUAUAACCGCCAAUGCCUUCGUUCAUAGACCAAAGGUAGGCUUAUAUGCUUCAGCCUGUUUGAAAUUGUUAUUUUUAAUGUUUUGAGUUAAAUGCGAACUUAACAAGGUACUUGAAUGUGUGCUUACAGAGAUAUGUGUGUGUUCAUACACAGAUUCAUGUGUGCAGAUGUGCAGAUAUACAUAGAUACCUGUUUGGAAAGGGAUUUUUCUUCAGUGCUUCAUUGCUAUGUUUUUUUUCAUUGUCUUUGGCUCAAAUUUUUUAUUUUGUAUGUUUCUUUAAGUGGACUUUUUUGUUUUAAUUUUGAUUGGUUGGGUUUUUGUUUCUUCUGAUUUGCUUUUUUCGCUGGGUGUAGAUUGGGCAUCUAAGGUGUGUUUCUGACAGAUGUGUCAUGAUGUCUGUAUUCUUUCAUCAGAAGUGUAUGCAAUCACAGCACUCAGGGUAACAGCAUAAGAAAGGCCACUAUAGACAUAACAGAUAGCAGACAUGCAUUGUGUCUACAAUAGUGGAUCCCUGGGGCUGGAGUAUCAAGAUGAGGCUGUUAGACUGAAAGUGUGAUGUGCCAGUAGAUUUCACACAACUCACGAUGACACCUUAUACAUUCAGGUAGUAUUACAGUGCAGCAGUUACUUUGGCUUCAUUUUCAUUUCUCAGCUCGAAGCUGAAGUUUUACAGAAGUAAAAAUGGAACAUUCCAGACACUAGACUCAAGAGUUGAUAGUUCUGCUCUUAAAUGGACAGAACUGCAAAUUCUACUAUCUUUAACAUACUUAGACAAUUCAUUUUCACACUUUUUAAAAUGCUAAUUGCUUUUCUGUACCUCAUGUAUGGCAUUAUUUUCACCCUCUUCUUUUGUGGUCACCUUUGUGUUAAGCAGUGUGAGUUAGACAUAUUGUUUCCCAUAUUUUUCUACUCUUCCUCCCUGUACAUGCCAGGUAUACAUAUUUUGUUAUGAAUUUUCAAUGUUUAUUGUUUACAACGAGAAUGUCGGUGACUUUCAUGCAGUUUGCAAUGAAUGAAUGGUAAUUUAAAAAGAUUGAUAGCUCUAUAAACUGAUUAUGCGAUGACAAAUGUACAGAAAUGCCUUUCUUCUUCUCCUUCCCAUCCUCUCUCUUCCCCUCUCCCACCCCCGUCAACCCCUUACUCACAUAUUCAAGUCCUUUGAUCUUUGGAGAAUCCCAUUCAAAGCCAAAAGAAAAAAAAUGGAUUCCUCCAAGGCAAACCCAUUCAUCAUGACUAGAACUUUGUGUCUGUAGUGUACACUAUGUAUAUGAAGCACAUCGGUUUUCAUGUUGAGGCACACCAUUGUUGUCUCCAUGAAACACAGGAUGGCCAUAUGGGAAUUUUUGGUGAAUUUAUCAGUAAAGAUUAUAUUUUGGUGGCCUGGUAAAGAAAGGGUUAGGUGAGCAGGCUGCAUAGGGAUUUGUAGAAAACUUGACAACGAUGGGAUACCUGGUGUACCAAGAGUUGUUUCAUUCAACCAUAUAUUGUAUCAGCUUGUAAUCAUCUGAUAGCAAGUGUACAGCUGGUCUGUCUGCUAGAAGAUGAGUGAAGAUGUAAGUACUGUCAAGUACGUAAGUAAUAUAUAAGCUUGUUAUUAACCUACGCAAGUAUUAAUUGCCAUUACUAAGCGUUGAGCAUGCGAAUUUAGCGAAGUAUUAUAUCAUUACAGAAUAGCUUAGCUGGGAUGCUGUUCGUUUCUCUAGCAUGCCAUAGGUGCAAGCUGUGAUCCUGCUCAGGCAAGAUUCAGUGGGCUUUGUAUUUUUAAUUUAUUCCCUUUUACUUCUUUGCUCAUAUAAAUGGUUCAUUCCAUGGAGUUGCACUGGCCCACCAGGGUGUGUGUAAAACUCCAGCUUUUGUAAGUUGCCAUUUUUUCUGGGCUUGUUAAUUUUGAAAAAUAAUUCUACAAUAUAUUACAAAUAAUAAUGAGAUUGAUAUCUUCCUUCUCUUCUCUGACACGAAAAGACUAAAGAAACUUAAAUUAUCCUUGGCUGGAGAUGAAGAAGCCAUAAAGAACAUUAACAGCGUGCAGAGUAUAUGGGUAGAAACAUCUCAGAAUAUUGACAAGAUAGGAGACUGUCAACACUUUUCAUUGCUGUAUAGGUCCUUGAAAAUGACCUCAAGGAACUCUGUUUUCGUAACAAGAUCAUUCAUGUGCAAAUGAUUCUGUCAAAGCUGAACAUUCUAAAUGCUUGGUCAGAAUAUUAUUAGCUUUGGAACAGAAGCUGCUUUAAGUUUUGCAAUGAUUUUGAUCUGCUGAGAUCAUGACGGAGAAGUGCACUUUUAGUGAUGCUCGGCAUGCACAACUCUGGAAGAAAUAAGAUGAUGAAAUAUAAAAAUAACCAAUAUUUAACUUGUUUCAUUCUUCCUAAUUCUCAGUUGUGCUCAAUGCAGCUUGUGAUGUGUGGCUAACAUGUACUUCUAGUUUCCAAACUUGAUGCAAAGUAGUGAAAUGUAACAAUAUGUCAACAACAGUAAUCUUGAUGUAAAUAAAUGCAGCUGUAGGCUAUUCUAUAAACUAGUUUAGAGAGACUAUUAAUCUUUUAAAAGUUUUGAAACCAUUGAAAGAUGAUAAGAUCUUCAGAGAGAAAAGCAGCAGCAUAAUUUAAUUUUCAAUGAAGUGAAAAUUAUUAUCUAGCGAAGAUGGAAGAAUUUUAUUCAGUAUAGUCAAAAGUCAAUGCAAGUUCAUACUUUUUCUUCGUUUUAACCAUCAUAAUUAAUGUGUUGUCAGAAUGCUAAUUUCUCAAAUAGGUUAUUACUGUACAAAGUCCAUUUUAAAUUCCUUUUUUUGUUUAUGAUUGCUUACCCUUGUCAUUAAUUCUAUAAAACUGUUUAAAUAUGCAUUCUUGGAAAAAUUGUAAUGUUGGCGUCAUUAGCAAUUAGUAUGACCCAUCACACUGUUUAAGAAAACAGAUUUAAUCUGGUAAGGAUUCUCAGACUCCCUAUGAAGCUUUUCACUAAUCCUCUCUCCUAGUUUUCCUCACUAUGUUGUCUUGUUGCUGCCUACAGUUUGUUGUGUUGCAAGCUCUUAGAAUGUUGUUUCUUUUUAUACAUAAAGGAGCAGAGUACCUGUUGGUGGUGCAGUUUGGUACCUGUCUUUAAUUGCAGGCACGAACCAGCGUAGUUUUAUGAAUGGAGUAUUUUUUUCAUGAAGCCCAUCCCUUGAAGGUGGAACUAAAUGCUCGUUAUUCUGUGGUAAGAGAAAGUAGAGUGACACAUAUUUGUGGUCCUUGAUUUCAAGCUAAUGAAAAACACUGUGUUUGUCCUAAGGGUACUUACGUGCCUUGGCCACUGAGCACAUCCUAUGCACCCAGUCUUUUCAAACCUCACCAUGUUUACACAUGCACUUCCAGGUCAGUCACAUGGCUGUCGGUGUUCAGACAUUAUGAACAAAACCUAUCGUCCCAGCCAAGAAGACCUGCAAGAUUGGUUCACCAUAGUGCUGCAGAUUUUUGUCGUCUUUCCAUGUGGUGAGCGGGCCAGAUUUUUAUUUUGAUUGUUGUGACAGGUUUUUUAUCACGUCGCCGUGGCAUGCAGCCUCGGUCGUCACAACCUGACGCUGCACCAGUGUCACCACCACAUGUCUGCAUCUGUGUUUGGUGUGUCACCAACUUCUAUCUUGACUUUGUUUCAUUCGCAUACCUACCUGUGAUUACAUGGUGGGUCACUAGGACCUGUAGUGAGGGAGAGGCAAGAUAAUCUUGCUGGUCAGGUGUCUUUAGCGGUAGGCUUUGAACACAAACGUGCUGUAAAACAGAAUGGUCAUGUGUGUCUGGUGGGAGAGGCAGAGUCCCUUUUUUUUGGCAAUUUUUUUUUACCUCAUUAUCUAGAGAUAAUUUAGAAAUUUCAAGUUUGGCCAAGAGGAGGUGCUGAGUCCUCCACUCCUCUUUCAGAUUCUGGCAGUGUUCAGGAUAUCAAUGAGAAUCCUAAGCACCAAGAAGUUUAUACACAAAUUAGAAAACAGGAUAAUUCAGAUUUACAUAUCUUUAGCAGUUGUGUGAUGAUCUUUGACAGCAACCAUUCCAAGAUUUACUGGUACAAAUAUGGCCUCCCCCACCCCAAAACCCUUUUGUCAUGACCCCACUUAACAAGCACAUCAAUAGCAUCCUGUACAAUGAAGUCAUGUAGCCAACCUUGACACUAUAUUUUGUAACAGAUUAUUUUACAUCCAAGUGUACCUUGCAUCAUUUUGUUAAAGAUCUUCACUGUGAUAAAAGACAUUUCACAGCA